AUGUUGGUGUGGCUGACGGUCGUCGUGGGUGGCCUGCUGCUGCUGCUGCUCAUCCUCCGGACGAGCUUCCCCUACUGGGCGGACGACUGCGCCUACGUCCUCCGGAGCCUCCUGCUCGCCGUCAGACUGGUCCGGUACAAGAGGAGCAAGCCGUUCUACGGUCUGGUGGACCACUUCGUGGCGGCUGCCCGGAGACACCCGGCCAAGACUUUCCUGCACUUCGAGGGCGAACGCUUCUCCUACGGCGAGGUGGAGCGGCGCAGCAACCGGGUGGCUCGGGUCCUGCGGCUGGAGGCAGGCUUGCGGGAGGGCGACGUCGUAGCGCUCUUCCUGGGCAACGAGCCCAACGUGGUGUGGACCUGGUUGGGACUCGCCAAACUGGGCUGUCCGGUUGCCCUGCUUAACUUCAACAUAAGAGCCAAGUCUCUACUGCACUGCUUCUCCUGCUGCGGGACCAAAGUACUGGUGACGUCGGCAGAGAUGCAGGAUGCUGUGGCGGAAGUUUUACCCGCACUGAGAGAGCAGGGGGUUAAAGUGUACCUCCUUACUGAGACGCGGAACAUUCAGGGGGUCACCUUCUUGGCCGACAAGAUCUCCAAGGCCUCGGAUGAGCCUCUGUCCAGAGACCUUCGAGCCAAUGUCACCGUCAGAAGCACCGCUUUGUACAUCUACACCUCGGGAACCACUGGUUUCCCCAAAGCAGCGAUUAUUACCCACGAGCGGAUGUGGGCCGCAUCUUUCGUCCAGUUUUUAAGCGGUGUCACACAAGACGACGUAUUCUACAUCAAUCUGCCGCUCUACCACAGCUCAGGAUUCCUCCUCGGGUUAACGGGCGCCAUCGAGAGAGGUAUAUCUGUAGUGUUGAAGAGGAAGUUCUCUGCUUCUCAGUUCUGGGAUGACUGCAGGGAGCACAACGUGACCGUUAUGCAGUACAUUGGUGAAACCAUGCGUUAUCUAUGCAACACACCCAAAAAGGAGAAUGAGAAGGAUCACAACGUGAGGAUCGCCAUUGGCAAUGGCAUUCGGGAAGACAUCUGGUCGGAGUUUCUGAGGCGCUUUGGUGAUAUUAAAGUAAAGGAGCUAUACGCGGCGACAGAAGGAAACAUCGGUUUUAUUAACUACACGUCCAAGGUCGGCGCUGUUGGACGGGGCAAUUUUUUCCACAGGUUAAUCUUUCCACAUCGAUUGAUCAAAUUUGACAUCGAGAAGGAAGAGCCGGUCCGAAACUCGCAGGGUCUUUGCAUCGAGGCGGCCAGAGGUGAGACGGGCCUCCUAGUGGGCAAGGUGACUCAGCGCUCGCCCUUCGUGGGCUAUGCCGGCAACGAUCAGCAGACUGAGAAGAAACGACUCCGCGAUGUGCUGAGAAAAGGCGACUUGUACUUCAACACGGGAGAUUUGCUUCGUUUCGACCAGGACAACUUUGUGUACUUCCAGGAUCGAGUUGGCGACACUUUCAGAUGGAAGGGAGAGAAUGUGGCAACAUCAGAGGUAGCAGACAUCCUCACCAUGAUACCUUGCAUUUUAGAAGCAAAUGUUUACGGCGUGAAAGUGGAAGGUAAUGAGGGACGGGCUGGCAUGGCGGCCAUUACCUUGAAAGAGGGACAAGACUUGGACUGUGCUGACGCCUACGAGCACGUGUUCAACUACCUGCCGGCCUAUGCGCGGCCACGCUUUAUCAGAAUCCAGCCCUGCUUGGAGAUGACAGGCACGUUCAAGAUGAAAAAAACUAAGCUGGUGAAUGAAGGCUUUAACCCGGCCUUGGUCAGAGAUCCGUUAUACUACCUCGACGUAGCCAAACGCACCUUUGCUCCCAUGACGGAGGAGGCGUACGCUGCUAUAACCUGUGGAGCUAUUAAAGUCUAA